GUACACCAACCGUGUUUCUCUGGGACCGAAUUCGAGCUAUUGUAGCAUAGUUAGCGUUGAUAACUUUGCUAUGGCUCUUAUGAGUGAUACGCGGCUUCGAUAUCCCAAUGGGAACGAGUAUCCCUUAUUCGCGGGGUGUCUUGGCCUCGGUGCUGCACCUAGUAGUGAUCAUCAACCAUACAUUCCUUAUAACGCCAGGGCAGAUGGCCGGUGCCAUCAAUACGAGUCUACUUGCUGGGACUCUAUUCACACACCUAAACCUAACCCUCGACCAACCCCUCGUCGACAAGCCAACCCCCUAUUUCCCCUGCAACACAGCGUCGAACGGCCGAUAUGCCCUCGGCCGCGCGUUCUUACAAGAUGCCUUCUUCGGCGCAAACUUACAAACAGCGGUAUGCUUCCUAUCGCAAGCACCUGGGCCUAAUCUCAAUAGCGAGAACGUAAUGGCCAUGGACAGUAAUUGCCGGACGUUAGAGGUCAGUAAGAACGACUGGGUCACAUCUUGGAAUGGACGGUGGACACCGCUCCCGGAGCCGAAUAGCAAUACAUCCUCUGGCGUUUUAACCUACAGUAAACCAGCGCCAGGACACGGUUUCAUGGCUGGCGUAAUCGCUGGCGCAACUGUUGGUGGAGUAGUUGGAUUAAUGUUGCUGAGUUUCGUAAGCUUCAUUAUAUGGAGAUAUAGGAAACAUGGUAAAGGGUUUUCGCUAUGUGGUUUGUCCCUAGUUAAAUACAAGUCGACCGUCCACAAUACCGUGAACGUUGUAGAUGCUAGGAAAUUUAAACCGCCAGUUGGGUAUUCGCAGCAUACGCCGUACAAGCUAGCGCCGACGACCUGGCAGUUACCAGCUAAUAUUACGGACCGAGCAGCGGAGAUGGAUACUCCCCAUAUUGUAUACGAGAUGUCUGCCAAUCACAUAGGACAUCAUGGUCAUUGUUAUACAAACACGUAAUAUUUUAUGAAACUCAAUGGGCUAAAGACCCGAUAAUCAAGGCACUACCAAAGAGACUUUCGACGGGAGGUG